AUGGGAGGUGUUGACCACCAUGACUGGCAAGAAACGGGGGCGGCAGGCAAGAAACGGGGGCGGCAGGCAAGAAACGGGGGCGGCAGGCAAGAAACGGGGGCGGCAGGCAAGAAACGGGGGCGGCAGGCAAGAAACGGGGGCGGCAGGCAAGAAACGGGGGCGGCAGGCAAGAAACGGGGGCGGCAGGCAAGAAACGGGGGCGGCAGGCAAGAAACGGGGGCGGCAGGCAAGAAACGGGGGCGGCAGGCAAGAAACGGGGGCGGCAGGCAAGAAACGGGGGCGGCAGGCAAGAAACGGGGGCGGCAGGCAAGAAACGGGGGCGGCAGGCAAGAAACGGGGGCGGCAGGCAAGAAACGGGGGCGGCAGGCAAGAAACGGGGGCGGCAGGCAAGAAACGGGGGCUGCAGGCAAGAAACGGGGGCGGCAGGCAAGAAACGGGGGCGGCAGGCAAGAAACGGGGGCGGCAGGCAAGAAACGGGGGCGGCAGGCAAGAAACGGGGGCGGCAGGCAAGAAACGGGGGCGGCAGGCAAGAAACGGGGGCGGCAGGCAAGAAACGGGGGCGGCAGGCAAGAAACGGGGGCGGCAGGCAAGAAACGGGGGUGGCAGGCAAGAAACGGGGGCGGCAGGCAAGAAACGGGGGCGGCAGGCAAGAAACGGGGGCGGCAGGCAAGAAACGGGGGCGGCAGGCAAGAAACAGGGGGGCAGGUGCUUGAAGAUGUCGGUAUUGGGUAA